AUGGGAAAACGGUAUCCACCAGAGCCAUCUAGUCCUCAAAAUGCCUGUCGAGAUAAAGAAAAUGUGGAGCCUUCUUCUCGCACCAGUUCCCUUCGCAGGAUAUCAAAAUCAGGUUCUCAGUCUGUUCACAUCCCAAGGUUCUAUUACCCUCAAGGGCGUCCAAAGUCAUCUGGGGAAGUUGAAACUUUACUUCAGAAGAUUGCCUCCACUUUCUCAGGAUUUCAUGAUGGAAAAGUGGGUCCAGAACAGUUUGGAGUCAUUACAAAAGCUAGCAGCCUACCUCUUUAUUGGAAACUACCACUGUUUCUAGCUGCAGGUGGAGAGAGUAAAGGUGUUGUCAGCUGUGAUAUGUUCUUAGAUUUUUGGAAAAGAGUGAUAACGUCUUGCCAUGAUGAAUCCUCACAGUUUGUACGGGUUAUAACACAAGGGAAGAGGAAGUACCUCUUACCUGAUGACUUUGUUCCUUUAAUCCAGGAUGUUAUUGACACACAUCCUGGCUUGACUUUUUUGAAAGAAGCUGCAGAAUUCCACUCAAGAUAUGUUCACACAGUGAUAGCAAGAAUAUACUACAAUGUAAAUAGGUCUUGGAGUGGGCAGAUUACUAUCCCAGAACUCAGGAAAAGCAACUUCCUUCAAAUAUUAGCAUUAUUAGAAGAAGAAGAAGAUAUCAAUCAAAUCACAGAAUAUUUUUCGUAUGAACAUUUUUAUGUCAUAUAUUGUAAAUUCUGGGAGCUGGAUAAAGAUCAUGACUUGUUCAUAGACAAACAUGAUCUUAGUAGACAUAAUGAUGGUGCUAUAUCCCUUAGGAUGAUUGAGAGAUUAUUUUCAGGGGCAGUAACUCGUGGGCCAAUCCAGAAGGAUGGGAAGAUGAGUUACACAGAGUUUGUGUGGUUCUUAAUCUCAGAGGAAGACAAGCGGCAUCCUAGAAGUAUAGAGUAUUGGUUUCGGUGUAUGGAUCUGGAUGGUGAUGGGUUCCUCUCAAUGUAUGAACUGGAGUAUUUUUAUGAGGAGCAACUUACACGAAUGGAAGCUCUAGGCAUUGAAACACUUCCCUUUAAAGACUGUCUUUGUCAGAUGUUAGACAUGAUUAGGCCCAAGUACAAUGGCAAGAUAUCUCUGUCUGAUCUGAAGAAUUGCAAGAUGACACCUAUUUUCUUUGAUACCUUCUUUAACUUAGAAAAAUAUCUUGACCAUGAACAGCGAGAUCCUUUUGCUGCUCAGCGAGAUCACGAACUGGAAGGAGUGGAACUUUCAGAUUGGGAUCGUUAUGCAGCAGAAGAGUAUGAACUUUUAGUUGCUGAAGAAGGAGCCAAUGAUCAUCCAGAAGAUUUAAUGUAUGAAGACUAUGAGCGUGAAGAUGACGAGUUGUCCACGGGCUUGGAAAAGUUAAGUGUUCCUGGAGUUCUACAUCCCAGAACAUUACAUGUUGGGUCAGAUAUGGAUGAUGAUGAGUAUGACUAUGCUGAUUCUGAUGCAGACUAUCAUUACUGAGAAUGAUUUCAUAUAAAUAAAAGCUAGAAUAUUAAAUGUUUGUAGUCAGUUGACAUAGUCUCACUGAUUAAUGUAUACACAUAUAUGUGAGGAACAAUUAGGCCUAUCCAAAUGUGAAGCGGUCUAGGUAAAUCAGUAUUUCAAUUUGUGCCAUGUUGUUACUAGGUUCUGUUAUCUACAAUGAAAGAUGAAGAUGGAUAAGAAGCAUUCUUUGUAAUACACAAUUGUUUUCCACUAAGAAGUUGUGCAAGUUUAAGUCACUUUGUGCUUUUAAGUUGAGAUUUGCGUUUAUGGUGUGCUUAACUUAUUUUUUCCAAAAAGCAAGGAGAUAGUGGUUUGGUACAUAUAGUUUUUUGUUGUCUGUGAUCUAGUCCAAUGUCAGUGAUUCUUUUGCCAAGUUUUGUCAGGGUGGCCACAAGCCUGAAAAGGCAGGGAAAAUUAUGGGGACCCCCUUUCUCCUUUUCUUUUUGCUUAAACUGAGAUCCUGUGUGUGUGCUUUUUAUCUAUGCCAAUUAUUGGCAUAUUUUAAUAUAAUCCUAGUCAUUCACUCUAUUGUUUUAUGUAGUGGUAAUUAUCUAAUUAAUUGUACUUGAUGAUAAGUCAGAUCAAAUGUUCUUUUUAUAAACAAAACUGCAUCUCUCUAUUAUCUACCAUUUAAUUGCAUUGUCCUUGUUUGAAGAUUUUUUCUGCUGUGAAGUGUUUCUGACAUUUUAUUAUCCUUGGUAACCAGGUUACAAGUCAAAGUGGUGUUAAAAAGUUGAAAUCCUGUACAUACUCUUCUGUGGGUUGAAUUUUAUAUAAAAAGUUGGGGAAAACAGAUUUUGGAAUGUGGCCACCCUGUCAGUCUGACCUGUUGGUUCAAAGAUAAUCUUGUAGAUUUUAUAAAUAAGAUCCUAAGUUUUGAAAAAUAACUAUUACACAAGUCUAAUUCAAUGCAGCUGUUUAAUAUAAGUUUUGUAAACUGGUCUUCUUACAUAAUCAUUUUAAUUAAGGCUGUUAUAAAGUUAUGCAUUAAUAUUUUUCAACGUCUAGGAGCUUAGAAAGAUUGUCCUUGUUCUAAAGAAAAUACAUAUUUUGCUUACAGCAUAAAUUGUGUGUUACAACAUUGUUUGCUGUAAUUUCUUUCAUUUUGUCAGUACUGAGAGAGAUCACAAACAGUUAAACUUACUAAGUUCAUAGUAAAGCAUACGUUUAAUAUAGUGUAGCAUUGUUCUAUAAUGAAACACAUUUCCUUUGAAUUUAGAAAAUUAAGAAGCCAAACUUUCAACCAGAUUGUGCAUGAUUUCAUAAGGAUUGAUUAAAGAAGACUAAAAAAUUCCCAGGCAGAUAUGAAGUCAAUAAUUUUAACUGAAGAUGCAAUACAUACCUGUUUAGUGAAAAAUUAUAUUUUCAGCGAGUAUGAAGAAAAGCCUGAAUUUCUGGAUUAAAUAUUUAUGAAAGGACAGUUUUUGAUUAAAAGUUUCUUUAAAUAUUUAUUGAUUGGAGAAAAAUUAUUUUUAGAAAUUUGGAGAAAAUAUCAGGAAGUUAAUACAUACGUAUUAGUAUAUAUAUAUAUAUAUGUACAUAAAGUAACAAGACACUUCUAAAAGUUAACCUACCUUUGGAGAAUUUUCUUGUGUUUCUUUGGCUUUCUUGAAAAUGUUUGAAGUGAUCAAAUAUCAAUUUACCUUAGUGAAAUUUCAUUUAAAAAUUAAGGAUUUUCAGAUUAAAUUUAGAAAUAUUUAGUUUGUUUAAGAAUUGGUCCUCUUAUUUAAUACUUAAGCAUGCUUAUAUCAUAAUUCAGCUUCUUAGGAUGCUAUAUUUCAAUAUUUGUCUCUUUAAUAAGAAGUUUUAAGUGAUGUUUCCUUUACUGUUAUGUGGUAGUUGUAAACAAUAAACCUUGGAAUUACGUGUAAAAUAUUUUGAAUUAUAUGUGCACUUAAUGUUUCAGUUUUCAAUUAUAUGUGCACUUAAUGUUUCAGUUUUCAAAGAUGUUCUGCAGCUAUUACAAAAAAGAUUUUGAAAGCAUCUGAAUAAUUGAUGUAAUGUAUAUGAGAAAAUUAUAACUAUUUUGAUGAUUUUAACAGAUAAGUAGACUAUGUAUUUUUUGUCUAGCAAACUUACAUGAAAACAUGUUGCAAAUAUGUCUGUUGCCAAUUUCUUCUCAAUUAUUUCUUUAGUCUACUUGUACAUGUAGGCUGGAAAAAUAGAAAACACAUUGUAAAGUGUAAAGUUACCCAUUCUAAAGUUUUCUUUCCUACCUUGGAAGCUUGAGAAAUUUUUUAAAUACCAGGCUGUUUUGUGAUUCAGUUCCUGUGAUGAUAGGUAUAAUGUAUCUUGUUUCCUUGGAGAUUUUUCAAAAGGAAAUGUUUGAUGUCUGCUUACAGCCUGGAGCUAUGAGUGUUUUUUUAGCUACAUGACUUCAUUUUUGUACAAGUUAACUCAUUACCCAAAUGUUUUCUUUAUGGCAUUGUUUGAUAUAAAUCAUUAUCUUACAAAUGUCUUUAUGUUUUGGUACAUAAACAAAAAUGUUCAAAUGUUGAUGUCAGAAAAUCACUUCUCAUGCAAUAUGUAAUGCAUACAGGUGACUGAAAGACAUUUAUAACACACAUAUGUUUUGUGAAUUUCAUGUUUUAUGUCAGUGGUGAUUGUCCUAACAGUUGCUGGAGGAAUACUAGCAUUUCAGCUUUCUGAAGCUUGUUUCACUCCUGUGACAAUUUCUAUGCCUGGAAAAAAACAACAAGAAAAACAUAAUUGAGUACAAGUUUCUAUAAUCUAACAUUGUCAAUUCAAUUUAAGCAUCUCUUCAGCAUGGAUUUUUUUUCAAAAUUAUGAAUUUCAAACUUUUUGAUCAUAUGCAUUUCAGUACUUUAGUGAGUAUGUUCUGUCAGCAAUAAGAAAAAGACUGUUAUCUCAAUUUCUCCAAAAUAAUGGGCACUUCUAAUAGUUCUUUGGUGAGAACUGUCUACACUUUUAACUUUUUAUUGAGUUAAAGAGACCACCUUUUAACUUACUAUAUCUAUAAUGAACAAUGAACUUGCUUGUUGUAUUGUUACUACUACAGUUGAGAAGUUUAUUGAGUCCCCUUGAAUCUGUGAACUUAUCUUAUUGAUUCAUGCUGAUGUCGGGACUCGUUCUUCAUGCUAGUGCUACUAUUUUUCAAGGUUACUCCAACUUUCAGGUGAGGCAUGAACAUCAUCAAGGAGUUUGAUGAGGUAUGAACUUCUUUUCUACCUUAAUAGGGCCCUCAUCUUCAAAGGUGAUUUGUGAAAUACUUGAUCAUCUAUGUUAUUACCACCAGUUUUGAGGAGUUAAACUCUCUGGUGUCAUCUUUAAGGUAUUACUCUGUACUGAUCAGAAUUAUUCUGUCCGUGAUUAAACUCAUUGAAUUAGGUAUGAUUAUUAUUAUCAAUUAUAAAACUAUGGUCUUACUUUUUUAGACAAGAAUAAAGCCUUAGUGUGAGAAUUUCUCAUCUAGAAUUCUAGGAUCUUUUCUUACUUAUGUUUUGAACAAUCAUUUAAUAAAAUUUAUUCUUAAGAAUUAUGUACAGAUUGUCUAGUUAGCUGUAUGAAAUCUUUUUAUAGUUGUUAUUAUUCAAUCUUUUUUUAUCUUUAAACCAUUAAGUUGUUACUUUUUCGUGCAUAAUAUUGUAGUCACACUAUCUCAAAUUUGUGCUUUUAUUGUUU